AUGAUGCCCCUAUGGGGUAUUAUAGUGAUCGGUGCAUACACAAGUGCUUCGUUUUGUGGUAAAAGUGGAGUACCAUUCAGCGUGGAGGUGUCACCCUCUGGAGCGCCAGUACUUGGCUGCGCGCAGCCCUCAUGUGUUGCCCAACCGACAGAUGAUUUCGAUGAUAGCGUAUUCAAUACUGACCUCUCGGGACAAGUCGACGGCUUCUUUCGUGAAGGCGAUAGAGGGCGUCAAGGCUUUCUCCAAACUAAUAAGCUUCGAGCUAACUGUUCUGGUGAUUUUGACCAAUUGGCCUGUUCUCGAAAAAACCAGUGGAUUGGUGGUAUCGAGUACAUAGAUCAUCCUCGGCAACCGUUGUUACUACAGUGCUGUACAUUCGAAGGGCUACGAUUUUCACAAAUUGUCGGAGUUACACCAAUAAGACCCGGUGAGGCGGUAACUGGAGGCGAGGUAGUUCGUGAUGGACGUCAAAUUUCCUUCGAUGUCAUUGCUAACAUCCGGAAGAUCGUUGAUUACAACGAUCACAAAAUGUUUGUACAUUACUCUUUUUGUCCCUUAAAGAUGACAGAAUGCUGCCACCUUCGAGUUUCCACCAAUGUGGGGCACUACAGGUUUCAAUAUUCAUGUCAAGCCGAUAGUGAUCGAAAGGUGAAAAAACAAACUAGGCCACAGCGGGUACGAAGUCCAUUUCCACACCGGUAG